CGGCUAAGACCGAUUAGACUGUCUAAGAGUACAUACAACGUUAGAACGUCAAAGGAUGAAGGAGAUCUCACCUCAGUUCCAAGUACUGAGGAGAGGAAAAUUGCGCGAGGUGGCUUUUAAGCCUGCGUCCAUCAACGUGGAAGCAUCGGGCAAUCCUUCAGGGAAAAGUCCGUGCGCAAGAAAUUUAAUUCAUAGGACUCAAUGAGCAGUCCACAGUGUACAACAAGAAACUUCAACAAAUUCGGUUUGAGUAGAUGAUUAUGUUGUCCAGCGGCGUUGGCCGAAUUCACCGUCGCAAUGUCCAUGCCCAAGGAAUUCGAAAAUUUUUCGGAUCUGGUUCAAGAUGCUUUGGACGACUUUGGGCCCCAGGAUGAGUCUUGUUUUUACCAAGUCCUCGUUGAGACAGUGCGGAAGUUUGGCCCCUGGAGAAAGGAUCUUGUGCCAGACCUUGUGCUGAGUCCGACGUCACAUCUGCCCACUUUCAAAGCACGAGUAGGCAGAGAAAUCUUUCCAUUGAUCAUUUCUUCUAUGCUGCUGGUUCGCACUUACUGGUCAGGUUGUCAUAAGUACACUUUCGAUUCAAGCCUAUCCGGUGGCACCCUUACAUUUGAUAAGAGCAACAGGCGGACCGUCCAGUACUGGUUAGGCAAUGUUAUAGAUCGCCUUACUGCAUUACGCAGGGAGCCCCCCAAUCUCCUUCAACUUGGUUCUACCUCCUGCCCCAUUCUUCCUGAUGCCCAAGUCCCCACUUUACAACACCUCAUCGACCAUGCGGUACAUCUAGAAACGAACUCCCAGCAGCUACGCCUAAUCAGUCACAUUUAUUAUUGUGCGGCCGCUCUGAGAGAGAUGUGUGAGAUCGACAAUACAGAAAACGAAAUUCUGCCUCACCACCGAACGCCCCCUCAUAAUGGCCAUAUUGGUCUCUCCGCUCGUCUUACUCCUCGACACCAAUCUCACAAACCCAUCUACCCUCCCCACCAUCAACAACUUGCUGUCAUACGCUACCUUGCAGGGGGGAUUCAAAACAGGUCGCAUGGGCGAACCAGACCUUGACGUGCUUCGCAACGCAUGGAAAGCAGUUUUGCCAUUUAUUCCGGAGCCCACCAAUUAU